AUGAAACUUUUAAUUUUUUACACCGCAAUACUUUUUAUGGUUGCUGAACGUUCUUUCGGUAUUCACUUGUCAGUUCCAAAUAAACCAAGCAAGAAAACUUUUUGCCUGAUAUUUGAAGCUGGAAUCACUGGAACUCUUCAAUACAAAGACGAACACAACUCCACUCUUACACGUCAGUUCGCUGUUCCUGAGAAUGCCGGAGAGACAACUUUGGACAAGGACGCUAGCACUUGUGGAGAAAAACUUCAACGUUUGACCUUCAACUUUGUUCCUAUAAUGACACCAACUGUUCCUGAGACCGAGGCAAAUUAUCCAUGGCGUAUUUCGUUGGAAUUUAACAAAUCUGAUGACGGUCACAGCUAUAUGCUCAAGGAGUACCUUCUGACUGUCUUUUUCUACAGCAACAUGAACUCUACAGAACAAAGUUUGAUAAUAUCUUUUAUAUUAUCUCUAAAAAGGGACCGCGAAUUUUAUAUUAUUCCUGGUACUAUUAGAUAG